GUUUGGGGACGGCCCCCUCCGGAUGUUGCUGCUACCCUCGAUCCACCUGGAGGCCCUAGAUCUGUUGGCUGCCCUCAUCUUGGCCUGCGGCCCCCGCUUGGUGCGUUUCGGGGGAGCCCUCGUCCGCCUCUUCCCGCAGGUGCUGAACACUUGGCGAGCCGGCCAGGAGUUCCCUUCGCCCGGGCUGCAGCGGCCUUACAGCGCGGUUCGGGCCCGGCUGUACCAGGUGCUGGAUCUGUGGGUCCAAGUGGCCGGAGCGGCCUCGGGGCUCCUUCUGGGGCACAGCAGCCAAAGCGACGCCCUCCUGGGACACUUGAUCCAGGACAUCAGCCCCCCGAGCGACGCCCUGAAGAUCCAGCCAAGCCCCGCCUUGGAGGGGAAACCCAGCGCCGCGAAGAAAGCCAAACUCUCUCCGGCGAGCGGCCUGGGCUGCCCGUUCCGCAAGCACGACCCUCAGGCCAACAGCGACGUGUGCCUGGCGGCUCUGCAAGGCCUGAGCCGGGCCGUCCUCACCUCGGGCAGCCUGAUGAGAGAGCAGCUACACACGAGGCUGCAAGAGCUGGCCAUCCCGCUGCUGAUCCGGCUGGGCCAGGCCGACCUGCCUCUGGGUUCCCCCUACGCCAGCGCCGGCUGCCGACGCGAACUCUACCGUCUGCUGCUGGCCCUCAGCCUGGCGCCCGCCCCUUCCUGCCCGCCGCCUCUGCACUGCGCCGUCCGGUUGCUGAGCCAGGGCCGGACGGAUCCCAACCUCCUGGUCUCGUCCUUCUGCACGGAGGCCUCGGUCAUCUGCAACGCCCUACUACACCCUCGCGUGCCCUCUCUGCAGAUGCCGCUCCCCGGCCCUCCCGCUCACCUGCCGGGCUCCUCGCAGGUCUCCCCGGCGGUGGCGGCGGUGGCCGCAGCGGCUGCCAGCCUGUCCCCCUUCUGCCCGGCCGUCCCAGGGCCUUUCCCCGCCCUCCGGCCGCUCCCUCCGGCCCCCGGGCCUCUCCCGGCUAGCUUGCUGGGCCUCCCCUUGUCGGGGCUGACCGCUCCCCCGCUGCCUCCCCGGCUUCUCCCCGAGGAUCCCCUUCCCCCUCCCUCCCCGGGCCCCGGCGAGGCGUCGGCCCUGGGCCCCGGCGCCAAGCUGCGGCGCUCCGUCUUCGUCCAUUACGACAAGGAGGAAGAGGAGGACGUGGAGAUCUCGCUGGAGAGCGACUCGGACGACAGCGUGGUCAUCGUGCCCAAGGGGCAGCUGGGGAAG